AUGUCCGAACCAGAACCAGCCAAUGGGCCCGUCGAGUCCCCGGCCGGUAACAAGGCAGGUGCCCCCAAGGAUCGCAGUUGUCCCUUCUGCGGCCAGGCCUUCACGUCGUCGUCGCUUGGUAGGCAUCUGGAUCUCUACAUCAAGGAGAAGAAUCCGAAGCCUCCGGACCGCGUUCACGAUGUCGACGCCAUCCGCAAGAUGCGUGGUACCAUCACCAGGCGCCAGCCAAGGGGCUCGCUGGCGCGUCGAGACAGCUGCAAUCCCGCCACGCCUGCCGCCUCGACCUCGUCCCGAAAGAGCCCGCCGCCCGACGCCAGUGCCGGAAGACCCUCCGGCCUCCCGAAGGAGAGCCAUUUCGUCGUCGACCAUCCAACUACCCCCAAGUAUCCCUUCCAGCCGACGUGGGAGGCCACCGGCGUCAUGAACGACAUACCCGCGCGGAACGGCGACCCCAAGACCACCUGGGAUGAGACCAACACCGGCCCGGAAUCCUCUACCGCGCCGCCACACACGCAACCACCCGCGCAAUCACACACGCAGCGCGCCCCGAGCAGAGCAGCCCAGAAGGUGCAGCUAGACACGAAGCACAAGUUGGCCGAUGCCAUGGACACCGCUCGAGCUGCCGAGUUGGCCCUGAGGGAGCUGCUCGGCUCCUGGAGAGCCGCAAAGUACGCCCACCCAGAAUUUCCCCCUCUGCUAUUGCCCUUGCCCUCGCCAUUUGCCUUGCCACCCGUGCUGUAUUAUGUGCUAAUUGGCUGCAAUUUCAGACAGCAGAUCGAUAUGAACUCGUUGCCCUUCGACUUCGAUCUCCUUUCGCUCGACUUCCCUGCCCUCACCCUGCAGUGCCUCCAGGCUCCUCCUACCCUAUUCUCGUCCACGCCCCACCCGACCUCGACGUCGUGGUCCAUCAACCCACCCGCGCACAAGCAGUACGAGGCCUUGCAGAUGUACUUCCAGGACGAGUUCCAGAAGUGGAGAGUCGCCUGCGCCAUGGCCAAUACCGCCGCCGCCGAAGACCUGUCGUACCCUCCAUCCAAUACCCACUUCCCCAGGAACGUCCGGGACGAUGUGAACAAAGCGGAGAGAGCCGCCGCGUCGCUGGAGAAGCAGGUUAACGAGCAUCUGCUGUCCACCUACCACGUCUGGGAGCAGCUCACCCCGCAGAGGCGGAGCGAGCUGUGGGGUCUCGAGCUCGCACGUGGCGUGGGAAGGAGACAGAAGGAUGUUGAGAAGCUACGGCAGUCGCAGUACGCCACCAAGCAGGAGAAUACAAAUCUCAAGGCCCAGAUUGAGCAGCUGAAUCGUCUGCAACAGCCCAGGGAGUUCAGGUUGGUUCCGCCAGCCACCAUCCCCAUAGAGGAACCACUGCUAGCCUACAUGUUGGGCAUGGGCGCCGAGGGCCAGAUUCAGGUCGUGGGUCUCAACGCCGAAGACCGUCAUGUAGAUCUGAACACCAUGGUGUCCCGCGUCAUCGACCGGUGGAAGACCGUCAUUGUGUCGUCUAGGACUGGUGGCAUGACCGGACAGAGGUCACUUGGACAGACGACACCGACCACCACACCGACCAGUGCCACCUCGGUCCCUGUCCCUGUCCAAGUCCCGGUCCCGGCUCCGCAUCUCCAAUCCCUGGGACAACAGCCGCAGCGGCAAGAACGUCGACAGAGGUCUCUGCCUUCAGCGGCGAGCGGCGCGAGUCAUGAGUCUGCGUCGUCGUCGUCGUCGUCGUCGUUUGCAGCCAACACGGCAAUGGAACCGUCUGCCACCAACGCCGAAAACAGUGAUCAGGACGCCGACGCCGAAAUGGAAGAGGACGACAGCUUCGCAGCAAUAACCCCAGUCGCACCGGAGCCGCCCUCCCGGCAAGAGACGCUCGAGGUGGCUCGGGCAAGGGCUAACGGCCAGCGAGUCUCGGGCAGCACGGAAGCGCGAUUUGGUCUUAAUGGGGCUGGGACUAGUCGUGGGCCCAUGAUGCGGCCGCCGAUUCCCAACAUGAAUGCGACGCCUACGAUGCCAGGGCGAGCAGGCCACAACCAACAUGGACAUUUACAUGGCGAGUACGGUGCGGUUGUCCAAGGCGUUGGGGGCGGCGAUGCAAUGUAUAUGGACUGA